UUUAGCAUAUUGUUAAAAGUUUAAAAUUACAGCUUUGUUGUGUUAAUGUUUCUCAUUUUCUUGCGUAUAUGUGUCUUGGUGUUGUGUCUAAACCCACACCGCGGUGGCAGUAAUGUGCCAAGCUAACUUCAGCGCGCGGAAAUUAGAAGAACAAAACUUAAAAUCGUCCGUUGGUGGUUCUGGUUCUCUGGGUGACAUGGAAUUUGACGACAGCGUCUUAAAUAAACGACUCAACAAUAUGGUCAUUACCACGGAUGCAGAUGACAGACAAGCGCUGACUUUUCACUGUCAGCAGUGCAACACUGUCCUGGGAGACUCCUUUAGCGUGUGUGGAGAAGUAGAACGUCUGGACUCCAUCAUGUGUCUAAAAGUAACCAGUGAUGUGAUUGUUGGUGAUGCAGAAGAGCCCGGGCAUAAAGGAGAGCUGGAUAACAGCAUCUACAGUUCCCUAACAUGCAGAACAUGCCAGCGCUCUGUAGGCAGAAUUGUUCACGCUGCUCCUUCACAUCUGGCAUCAGUUCGUAACAUCUUUCUCCUCAGCAAAGAAAACAUCAGCUGCUACAUCCUCAACAGCAGCUCAAUGGUGAAAGCUUCCACACUCUCAUUUCAUCUGAAGCCACUUAAAGAAAAAAUGGAUGAGAUGAGAAGGCAGUUUGAUGAGAAGCUGAAUCAGAUGUCCCACAUCAGGAGCCGAGUAGCUAACAGGAGUAAACGAGGCUCUCUGGUGUUAUCGGCACUGUCCUGGAAGGGUUCAAGCUCCAUUCAACAACUUUUAAACAUUCAUCUGUUUGGAAAGUUUAACUCCAAACCUCUAAGAUCAUUAAAAAUAAAACGUGUUAUAUUUUGUUUAGCCGUAAUUUUUGGGUUCAGAAUAAAAUAAUCUUUCUCCAUGCUGAAAGCUGAGUUUUUCUAUGUUUAAAGUUGAAAAGCUGUAAGAACUUGUUCUUGUUUGUAUUUCAAUAUUUUCAUAGAAAUAAAUGUUUCUUGUAUUGUUGUAAGCAGCACCAUUUUAAUGUGUUCCAUUAUUAAAUGAUAAAAUAUCA